AUGAACUCAAAAAUUAAUACCAUCGGAUUGUCCAAUCAUCAUUGCAUUUCUCAAAUAAAUUCUACACAAACAACUCUGUCCAUUGAUAUGAAUAAUAAUUCCAAUCAUUCGACAGAGACUAUAAGAAAUAAUAGACUGGGUCAUUUAGAACGAGACAGAAAAGCACGUACACAAUUAGACACCGAAAUACUUGACCUUUACGAUCCUAUUCAGGAAACUACUCAAAACAACUCAACUGAACAAUCAAUAUUCUCUUCAACAUCUUCAAUACCAAGAAGCAUUGAAACAUGUCAACAUUGA